GCCGCAGCCCCGGCCCCACGGCAGCCCUCAUGCCCCGCCUCGGAGCCAAGGUGUGCCUGCUCCGCUGCACCCUGCUGUCGUCCCUCCUCCUCCUCCUGGUCUGCAGCAUCCAUGAGACGGAGCAGAACAGCUACUGCCAGCAGAUCAUCACGGAGAAGCACCUGGCUGAGCUGGAGGAGCUGGCUGACACCCAGAUGCAGCACCCGGGCAGGAUCUCCUUCAAGUUCAUCAAUAAGAUGGAGUUGAACGACUCCGUCUGCUAUGUGAAAGCUGCCUUUCCUCUGCUGGGCAAGAUCCUGGAGCGAACGGAAUUCAAGGAGAACUCAUCCAACGCCAAGAAGAUGCAGAUGGUGCGCAGGAUGUACAGCCACAUCGACGAGAAUGUCGACCCCUGCAUCAGGGAGGAGGAUGAUGAGGAGAGAAAGCUCUCACAGAUGUGCUUCGAGGAGUUCACCACCUCUCCCUACGAGAUGCUGGUGCUGGUGAAGCAAUUCUUCCAGGACAUCAACCAGCUGCUGCAGAACCAGGAGACCUUCGAGAAGGAUUGCAGCCAGGUCUACCGCAGGAACUGCUUGGGACCCAGGAAGGCCGGAUCCUCACCAGGUGUGGGGACAGAUCCUGACUGCAAUUGCCUGUCCCCUGCCCUCCCUUCUGCCACCCAGCCCUCCCUCUCCGCUGCCACCCAUGCUGGCAGGGAGGUGGCACCCGCUAGCACCCAGGUCCCUUACAGCCUCUUCCAUGCCACCCUCGCUGACUUAGACGCCCCAUCUCAGUCCCCCAGUAGCACGGACGGCGGCUCGGGGACCGAGGAGGUCCUGGGUGCCGGGGUAGGUGACACGGCAUCGGUGCCGUCCCCCACGAUGCAGCAGACAGCUCCAGCCGACAGCGCCGAAGCCCUCCUGGAUCCAGCCGGGACCCUUAGCCUGGCAGCGGUGGACGUCUCCAUCCUGCGCGGGGAUGGAGAACUGGUGGAGGGGGGCACCGAAAUGGUGGCCGGCCACCCGCCGCAGGAUCCAGCCCAGAAGCAGGGAGCCUCCAUCCUCCUGGACCAUCCCGGCGGGCUCAGGACCACCACGCCGGCAGCAUCCCCCAACGCUGGCUCGGCGGGCGGCGGAGCCAAGAUCCGUCCUGCCGAGGCAUCCGAGCCCGUCACGCAGCUCCGUUUCUCCAGGAUGGCCCCGGGGAUGUGGGGCCGAGCACCGGGCGGCCCCGGGGACGGGGCGAGGGAGCGAGGCUGGGGGCUGAGCCGGCUGCGGGAGCCCGACGAUGGCGGGGCUGGCCCCAGCUUUGACUCUGGCUUUGUUCUGAGCGCAGAGCAGCGCAGGAAGGAGCCGGCCGUCAGGGAAGGCCGCCAGGAGCCCCUGAUAUACAUCAUGGUGGCCAGCGUGGUGGCCAUCUUGCUGGCCAUGGGAGGGCUGCUCUUCUACAAGUAUAAAUCCAGGGUCCUGGAGCGGCCGCUGGAAGAUGGAGGCUGCGACCCUGAGGAGCCAGAGAGGAGGGUGCUGCAGGGAGCGAGGGGAUGUCCAGAGCUGGAGACUCAGGACCUCUAAGGGCCCGAGGCGGGAUGUGAAGCUGCUCGGGGGACGGAUCCGGAUGCUCCUCGCCGUGCGAAGGAGGGUCGGCACGCGCCGGCCCCUCCACGGUCCUGCCAUGAUGCUGAUGCUCCCUCUUCCCUCGCCCUGCGCCGGCAGCCAGAGACUGCAAAAAAAAACCUCCCUGGCAGGGACAAAAGGAUGGGGGGAUGCGCCCCGAGCGGGACCCCCAGGCACUGGGAAGCAAAGGGCUGGAAGGCGUUGGACCGUCACCGAAGGGCUUAGCCGGGAUGGCGGCGGUGGCUGAUGUGACACCGCGGUGCUGAGCAGGACGAUGGAGGCGUUGGAUGUGGGAUGAUGGAUCCCGCUUGGACAUGGCCGGUGCUGGCUGAAUGAUGGAGGGGACCAGCUCCCUGAAUUCCCAGCUCUUCUCCCACCCCACCACAGCGGGGUUUGGAGCGGCACCCAUUGCCCCCUGCCUUCACCCUGCCUUUCCCGAGGCUUCAGCUGGAGCAUCCUGGGUGCCAGGGGGAGGGGGUCAGUCACCACGACUCCCCCGGGGCUGCACGACCCCAGCCCCGACUUGCAACUUAAACCCUCACACUGUGAAUAUUUAAAGCCCACCGGUGCCCGCGUCCCGACGCUGGGCCGGGCUUGGGGGAGACGCUUGGCACCGUCCCGGUCCCCAUCCUCCUGCCGCUGGAGAUCUGGCUCCGGUCCUGCGCCCGAGCUGGCCUCGGCUCGCCGUCGUGCUGUUAGGGUUUUAUUUUUAAUAUAGUGGAUGAAAGUCUUUAUCCUGCAGAAGUAUUUGACGGGGGGCCUGUCCUGCCCCCUCGCAGGGUUAUUGCUGCGAGCUGGCCUCGUCUGCGACUGGAUUUCUUUUUGUGACUGCGCUUUAGAGAAGGGAAUGGGGCCAGGGAAGGACUGGAUCAACGUGGGCAUAAAAGAUGGAGAUGCCCCAGCCGGGUACCCGGGGGCUUUUCGGCUCAGCCCCUCUUCCUGGCUUUGGGAAGAGCCCGGUUUGGGAUGCACCAGCCCCGGAGAUAACCCAAACCCCGGGCUUGGGCCGCAUCCUGCCCUGCCACAGCAUCCCUCUGGCCCUGAAUGUGAAGCGUGGCCCGCGCUGCUCUUGGGUUUUGAAGUAUUAUUUUUAUAUGAUGGAAGAAAAUGUGGACAAACCGAACUUUUUAAAGAAAGCAUUACUAUUAAUUUUUUUUUAUAUGUGUAUUUAUGACUGCCAGAAGGAGGGGUUUCCAGUGCAAGGGACUGGUGUAAAUCAGGAGGAAAGCCCUGACUGCAGCAGGGAGGCUGGGGCCAAACUCGUUGCUGCUGUAAGCCACCGGCUCAGCACCGAUUUGCACCGUGGAGGAGAUGCCAACACCGCGCCGGCCACCCCGCUCCUGGGGAAGAAAACUUGCCUUUAAGCUGUGUUGGAUUUAU